AUGGCAUCGGAAUGCACCUUUGAACGAGGCAAUAUCACCAUUGGGGAGGCACUCGAAGCCACAGCACUAACAGCAGGGCACAGGCCGGUGGAUUUCAGUGAUGCAGCGGCGAUACAAGCGGCAGAAGUGAGAGCAACAGGACGGACCAACAUUGUUCCCGGCGGUGUUGCUGCCGCCGCUCAGUCUGCGGCAACUCGCAAUGCUAGGGCUGAACGGGACGAUGAGAAAACCAAGUUGGGAGAAAUCUUAACGGAUGCGACAACAAAGCUACCGGCAGAUAAACCAGUGACCCGGCGAGAUGCAGAGGGUGUGAUAGGGGCAGAGCUGAGGAAUGAUCCAAACCUAAGCACACGUCCGGGAGGCGUAGCAGCCUCUGUGGCUGCAGCUGCUAGGCUCAACCUCCAGAUUAACCAGACCAAUGAGCAGAACAACUAACUAUGUUUCGGGCCUUUGAUAGUUCUUUGUUUUUAAGUCACUCUUUCACCUACUGUAUGUGUAAACUUAAUUGGUUGUUUGAACAGUUUUCUGAUGCUCACCCAAUAGCCACUCUGGAUUUUUGCUUUUGG